AUGGGUCGUAUGCACAGCAAGGGAAAGGGUAUUAGCGCCUCUGCUAUUCCCUACAGCCGUUCUGCUCCUGCCUGGUUGAAGACCACCCCCGACCAGGUCGUUGACCAGAUCUGCAAGCUCGCCAGAAAGGGUGCUACCCCUUCCCAGAUCGGUGUUGUCCUCCGUGACAGCCACGGUGUUGCCCAGGUCAAGGUUGUCACUGGUAACAAGAUCCUUCGUAUCUUGAAGUCUAGUGGCCUCGCUCCCGAACUCCCCGAGGACCUUUACUUCCUGAUCAAGAAGGCCGUCGCCGUCCGCAAGCACCUUGAGCGCAACCGCAAGGACAAGGACAGCAAGUUCCGCCUCAUUCUCAUCGAGUCUCGUAUCCACCGUCUGUCCCGCUACUACAAGUCCGUCGGUGUCCUGCCCCCCACCUGGCGUUACGAGUCCGCCACUGCCAGCACCCUUGUCGCUUAA